CAGAACUAAAAUGUGCACUUAGACUAAGCUUCAGGCCCUUACAAGUUACAGCCCAACCCUAUUAACCCUAAACCACGAAAUCCUUAUUCCCCCACUCCAAUCUCUCUGCGCCUCUUCAUCAAAACUCCAUAAAUCUUGGGUAUUUCUCGAUCUUUGCUCAAUCUUGAUCAUCUCCUUCAUCUAUAAACUCUAAUUCGACAGAUCGAUCAAUCGUUCGUUCGCUCUCUUAGGCGCCGCCUCAUCGCCUUUACUCCGUCCCUCAUCAUCCAUCAGCUUGAAGCUGUGGAUGUUUGAGUUGCCCUAAACAUGACACCCAAAUCAACCAUUCGUCUCAUCACUUACUCAAACGAGCUUAUAAAUGGGGACCCACUUUACAUAUCCUCAAAUUCCCUCCCAAUAAAAGCAUCAAACUACGAACCAGCUGGCCAUUCUUUUCAUGACAUUGCACUCAAACUUCGUGGCUAUUUUGAAGAAGAAAAUAUAACAUCUGACAAUGAAACUCUUCCAAAAGAUAAAGAACAUGACUACAUGCAAUCAUCCGAUUCAUAUAGCAGCAGCAAAGGGAAAAAGAAAACUGCUGAUGGUGUAAUCCAACAAGAUCAUUAUGCUUUAUUAGGGUUAGGGCAUUUACGGUAUUUAGCCACCGAGGAACAAAUCAGAAAAAGCUACCGUGAAACCGCCUUGAAACACCACCCGGACAAACAGGCGGCACUUCUCUUAGGAGAGGAGACAGAAGCCGGAAAACAAGCGAAAAAAGACGAAAUCGAAAACCGAUUUAAAGCAAUUCAAGAAGCGUAUGAAGUGUUGAUUGAUUCCACAAGGAGGAGAAUUUAUGAUUCUACUGAUGAGUUUGAUGAUGAGAUCCCCACAGACUGUUCACCUAACGAUUUCUUCAAAGUUUUCGGGCCCGCUUUCAUGAGAAACGGGCGGUGGUCGGUGGUGCAACCGAUUCCGCCGCUAGGAGACGACACCAUGCCGCUUAAAGAAGUCGAUUCGUUUUAUGAUUUUUGGUAUGGAUUUAAAAGUUGGAGGGAGUUUCCACAUGAUGAAGAGUUUGACCUUGAACAAGCCGAGUCACGAGAUCAUAAAAGAUGGAUGGAAAGACAAAACGCAAAGUUAUCAGAAAAGGCGAGAAAGGAAGAACACGCGAGAAUUCGAUCGCUUGUGGAUAAUGCGUAUAAACGGGACCCACGAAUCAUGAGGCGAAAAGAAACAUUAAAGUUAGAGAAACAGAAGAAAAAGGAAGCAAAGUUUAUAGUGAAGAAACAACAAGAAGAGGAAGCUGCAAAGGUUGCGGAAGAAAAUAGAAAGAAAAAGGAAGAGGAAGAUAAACAAGCGGCCGAGGCUGCGUCGAAUCAGAAAAAAAUAAAGGAAAAAGAAAAGAAAUUAUUACGAAAAGAACGGACGCGUCUUCGGACGAUUUCGUCCCCGGUUGUGUCCGAGAAUAUCCUUAAUCUUUCCUCGGAUGAUGUGGAAAGUAUAUGUAUGAAACUUGAUAUGUUGCAAUUAAAAAAAUUAUGCGACGAUUUUGAAGGGCAAGAUGGGAAUAAUAAAAAAGCGGAGCUUUUAAAAUCGGCACUUAGCGUCGGGGACCAACAAUCCGAGAAAGAGAAAGAUAGUGUGGUAAAGAAAAAUCAAGUCAACGGGUCAAUAAAAGUCAACGGGAGUCUUGCCCAAAAGAAAGAAAAACCAUGGGGGAAAGAAGAGAUUGAGUUGUUGAGGAAGGGGAUUGUGAAAUACCCAAAAGGGACGUCUCGGAGAUGGGAGGUGGUGGCGGAGUAUAUUGGUACGGGGCGGUCUGUGGAGGAGAUACUGAAAGCAACAAAAACGGUUCUUUUACAAAAACCUGAUUCGGCUAAAGCAUUUGAUUCUUUUCUUGAAAAGAGAAAACCCGCGGUUUCCAUUGCGUCCCCACUUACGACGCGUGAGGAAGUCGACGGGGUUUCGGUUUCGGUUUCCGUGGGGCCCACUGAGUCACAACCACAACCGAGUCAAAGUGAAGAGGCGGGUUCGUCGGGUUCGGACCAGGAUGUGUGGACCCCGGUCCAGGAAACGGCUUUGGUUCAGGCUUUGAAGACUUUCCCGAAAGAAAUUAACCAGAGGUGGGAACGGGUGGCGGCUGCGGUUCCGGGGAAAACGGUUAACCAAUGUAAGAAGCAGUUUGCGUUGCUUAAGGAGAAGUUCAGGAACAAGAAAAAGUAAAAAUUGAAGGUUAAAUUCUGUCAUUUUUGCACUGGAAAAUGGAAAUGCUGAUUUGGGAAUAUAUGGGUUGAUGAGUUUUUGUUAUUGGUUAGUUGUGAAAAUAAGUUAAUUCCGUGUUUACGGUGAAAGUUUAUGAAAAAUGGAGAGGUUUAUGUUGUUUAUGGGUUUUAGUGUAUGGUUAAAUAUAUGUUUAAGUAUGGUGCUAUUUACUAUGUUUCUUUAUGUAUAAUUUGGUAUCGGAUAUGACCUAUUUACGACUAUAUAAAACCAGUUUUUGGAA